AUUUUUCCAACACAUUAUAAUCUCCUGGACGAAGGACUCGACGGGAGUGACCAAAAGAUGACAAGUUCUCCACCACCACUACAACAUCACCAGAUCAACACCACUGCCAUCGCCGACGGUAGUUCUACGACUACUUCUACCAGUACUACGACUCCAUGGAGCUGCGAGACGAACUGGACUGUCACACGCGGUUCUCUCGACUCCGCCGUCACGUUCGAGUCUUUUGAUUUCCCGAUCGACUCGGAACCCACGGGUCCAAAACCGCCACUCCUUCUCGUACCACCUUCUACCUCUGAUUUUGAACCUUGCGAGAUCAAACUGAAUUUCACUCAAAAGCAUGAGAUUCGUCAGGUCUAUGUCAGAAGUACAGCUCGUGUAUAUGAAAUAUAUUAUGCACCUGAUCUUCAUAGUGAAAAUGAGUAUCUCUGCACUGUUCGUUGUAAUGCUGCUUCUGUAACUGAUGUCAAAAAUGCAAUUUCUGCAAACUUGGAGGGUCUAAAUGAAAUAUCACCAAAGGGAAGAGUGUCAGGUGAAAAUAAUAUUGGCACCAAUGAAGAUGAUUGGGUGGAGAUUAAACUCCCUGUUGGAAAUACAUAUUCGCCAAAUCAGACUUCAAAUGCCAUCAGAAAUUACCAGAAUUACUAUGAAGCUACAGCAGAAAUGAAUGAUUCAGAGCCUUGUAAAUCACUGACACUUCGUUUACUAUCACUUCAAAGUAAAGGUUUUGUACAUGUUGAUGAAGUCUACGUGUUUGCUGACUGUAUCCAUUCAGACGAUUCCCAGAACCAGAAUCUUCUUAAUCAUCCAGAACCACCUUCAUCUGGAACUUCACUUAUGACUAUGCUUGUUCCCACACUUUUAGGAUUAUCAAAAUCUAGAUCCAUCCAGUCAACCACUCAACAUUCCACUUCCAAAUCUGUUGAAAAACCAAUCAACACCGAGUCACAACCAACUACUGAGUUGACUCGCUGCCAACUGCCACCUUCUACUGCUGAGUUGACUCGGUGCGAUAACCGAACCGAAAGUUCAGGGGGUUUUCCGGUGGCGGUUUCCAAUGGAAUUGGAAUUCGAGAUUCCGAGUCGGGAGGAACUGAUGAGUUGACUCGGUGCCAUGUGGGUGGUUCGAGUUUAGAUAAAGAGAAGAUUCAUGAACCAAACACCAGUUUAAUGGAACAACUUGUGUCAAGAGUGAGUAGAAUUGAAGAUAUGUUAUUGAGGUUUGAAGAGAACAUGUUGAACCCCAUAAACCACAUUGAAUCAAGACUCCAUCAUGUAGAACAGCAACUCCAAUCACUCACCAAAAAUCCCCAAAUUCCAGUUUUACCCUCUUCCCCAACAUCUCAACCAAAAUCAGAAAAUACCAACCAAUUUCAUGCUCAACAUUCUGAAGAAAAACAGCAACUGAAUAAUGAUUUUGAAAAACCAAAGAAAUCCGUUUCCAUAGAUGAUGCUUUGGCUGCAGCUCUAGCUGGAUUCUCAUCUUUUACAAAACCCAAAGAUGAAUUUCCAGUUUUACCCCUUGAAUCGACUUCAAUUCCUUCUGAAUCCUUCUUAAACAAUUCAGAAGACUUAACUACAACUUAUGCUGAUGUUUCCACAGAUAUCCCCUCUAAUAAAACUGAUGUUCACCAAGACUCCAUUGAAUCGGUCAACAUUUUGACUUUUGACAAAAAUGCUGAUCAGUCUCCAGAUGUUAAACAAGUGUCUGAAUCGGUCAACGUUUUGACUUUUGACAAAAAUGAUGAUCAGUGUCCAGAUGUUAAAGAAGUGUCUGAAUCGGUCAACGUUUUGACUUUUGACAAAAACGAUGAUCAGUGUCCAGAUGUUGAAGAUGGGUCCGAAUCGGUCAACAUUUUGACUUUUGACAAAAAUGAUGAUCAGUGUCCAGAUGUUGAAGAUGGGUCUGAAUCGGUCAACGUUUUGACUUUUGACAAAAAGCAAGACUCCAUUGAAUCGGUCAACAAGAUUUUGACUUUUGACAAAAACGAUAUUCUGAAACAUUUCCCGGAUGGGUCUCCAGAUGUUAAAGAUGGGUUUGAAUGUGAUUUUGAGACUUGUGUUCUUGAGGUGAAGUUUGCUUCAAUGGAGAAUGGGAAUCUCAAAUCUCAUCUUGAAGACUUUUUGUCUUACACAGAUGAGAAUCCUGCUAUGAUUGAUGAAGGCUUAUUGAUAGAGGAAACAACUGGAAAUGGAAACAGUUUAUUGCUGGAUUUAGAUGGUGAUGACGUGGCACAAGGUGUGCUGCAAGAUCUUCCCAAUGUUCAUGUGGAACCAUCUUUCGAUAGUCUCAUUUGAUUUGAUGCUUUUCUUUUUUUGGGCGAGUAAUGUUUUGCAUUGUAUAUAUAUAAUAACUCUUAUAUUUAUAUAAUUUCUGCGAUAAAACCGUCUGAAUCUUUAAAGAAGUGAUGGCAAAUUUGUAAAAUUAGGACUUGAAAAAAAAUGAAUAUUUUAGGCAUAUUAUUCUA